AUGGACAUCCCUCGCGGCCACGCAGCGAUGCCACUCACAGAAGCCGACUUCCUAGAUUUCGUCUACAACUACUUCAAAGCCGAGUACUACCCUAUACGCUCAUUCUGGUCCACAGCAACCGCCUUUCCACGGCAGACUGAAAGAUGGAUCUCUAUGGGCCAUGAACUCUCACCGACCCAAGUCCGACCCGCAAACGCGCAGGCGCAGAAAGAUUUGGAAUCUCUGGACUACUUUACAAGAAAAUGGAACCUCGAUGCCGGAUUCGUAAGAGGCUUGGUUAUUCGAUUCGCAAAGUACGAGUUGCACGAAAGACUGGAGAAGAGACUGUAUGAAUGCGCGAGAUUAGACUUGAUGGUGAGAAAGGCGCUGAAAGAGAAGCAUUUGAUCGACGCACUAUGGCCAAGUCCUGCACCCCGGAACAUUGCGAAGGAUUUGUUGCAGCAGGGUGUGCAAGCACGUCAAUGGUACGGCGAUAUGUUCAACAAGUACUUCCGCGUCCUGCAGUCUAUCGACUCGUUCCAGCUCCGCCCGGAAAUCGAUCAUCACAUCAAGACCAGUGGGAAAUUAAUGUUGAUGCCGUUUGUGGACCAUCUCAUCUUCGGGGCGGUUGAUCCCAUUAUACCAAUCGUGGCGAAAGGAGCAGGCUAUGCAAAUGCCAAAGGGAGAGGGAACGACAGGAAUACCCCAGGCUUCGGUGAGCCAGGGAAGUUCGAGAUCCGGUUCGAUGCACCGACCGAGGUCACAGAUACGUAUGCGAAGACUGUUAUACGGCAGUGUGAGUGUAUGAAGUGCGGUACGAAGAGAGACGUACAGGUCGUAAUAUCAGUGGACCCGAAUCCAAGCGCUGGAGCGAGUGCAGGCACAUCGUCUACCAGCCGACAACGGGACAACACGUCAGCAAGUUCAAGAACGGCGCAGAGAUACAGCCCAGGCUACCAGAUGCCUACCCAGAACGACCCAGCACCUCCCCGCCAACCUCCUCGUCCACAGGCACAACCACCCCAGGAACCCUCCCCAUCUCAGCGCCCUUCAACACCCGAUCUCAAAAAGCAAUGCCCACGCUGCACCUUCCUCAACGACCCCGCCCUCACAUCCUGUGAAAUGUGCGAAGCCUCCUUGCCAGAAACCGCAAUUCAGAAACCAUCCAGUCCAAUGACCAACAGAAGGGCUCCUUCGCACUCACACUCCGCAUCGCAUCCACCACCCAACAAGCCUCGAAGCAGAGAAGAAGCACUUCGACAAGAACAAAGACCGGGCGCACCAAACAGGCACAGUCUGAGUCAAAGCCUCUUCUCCAUCUUCCCAUUCUCGCAGCAACAGCAGCAGGAACAUCAUGCUAAGUUGCCGCCUACACAGCAGGUCGAUACUUCAGCUGCCGUAAAGACCGCUCCUACACGACAGGAACCGGCAAAGCAAGAAAGUCGAGCGUCGUUGGAAGAAGCGAGGAAACCGGUCGUCCCACCACACCCACCUCCAGCAGAACCAACAGACAGCCAUUCCCAUCGCUCAACCACGCCGCCGUCGGCAAAUCGACCUGAAAUGGCAAUGAUGCCCCUCUCCCCCUCCCCACCCUCAUCUUCUCAUCCCCGUCCGGCUCCCGCUGGUCUCCCGAGUAACCUCAUGGACGACUUCGUCCCUGUGUCGCCUGCUUUCCCUCAAGACGACGAGGAUGAAGAUGCGGGGUGGGGGUCUAUGAGUCGGGAAGAGGCAAGGGGACAGGAGAGUAGUAGUGAAGAGGAAGAUGACGAUGAGGGAGGAAGUGGCAGGGGGAAGGGGAUGAUUGAUUUGGAUGCUGUGGCGAGGGAGGAGGCUGAUGUUUGGGGGGAUAGGGAGGAUUGA